GAUCUAAUGGGGACCCCGGUCUUCCCGUAGGACUUGUUCUACAGCGCAAUCUCUCCAUUUCUCUAUGAGCUCUGAGAUAUUUAUACAGAGAGAGAAGAGAAAAGAGAUCCAGCGUAAAUAAAUAAAGGCCCAAUUUUUAGUGAUAAACAGACAUCCGAGAGGACUUCUUCUUUUGGCUCUUUUGGUGCGUGCUUCAAUCUUUUAUCUUUUUCUCUCUAAUACAUUUCCUGUCUCUUUCCUGGUCAAAUUAUCAGCCUUUUCUUUUUUCUUCUUUUUCAGGAUUUUAUAAUUCAAAGCUGCUGUGAAAUUGUUAUCAGAGAUCUGCCACCAGAGAGAAGCAAGGUAUCCAAUGCUGAAUUUUCAGACUCUAGUCUCCGUACUGUAAAUGUUCCAUUCAUUUUUAGAUCUCUAGCUUUUUUCAUGUAGGUCCCAAAUUUCUCUUCAUACACAAAUGGCCAAUUUUCCUGGGAAAUUUGUCAUUUCUUGUGUAUUUUCCUAUCUGAUUAUCGCUUCGGAUUUUGGUCUCAUUCUCUCUCAUUUCUGAGAGAGGAAAGAUGUUUCUAAUUCUUGAAUUCCUCUCCGAAACUACCCCUUAAUUUUAUUUUUGUAAGGAUUUUUUUUUUUUACAUAAUUUUCUUCGAAGUUGGUGUAGUUUCUCAUUGUCUUGGAAUUUGUAACUAUCUUUUCAUGGAAGAAGGUGGUGGUAGUGGUCGUCAUCGGAGACUCUCGCUAUUGGACCAAAUGUCAGCAAUUGAGAACCGCAGAGAACUUGCCGGCUUGACUCUGGAUGACGUGUUGGCCUCUGACAAACGGCCAACGGUGGCGGUUUCUCAUACGCCUCCUCAGGCGAACAGAACUCUUUUGGAUAUAAUCCGCGACGAUGAGCCUCAUGGUUCCUUGUUUGGUAACAAGGACAAGAAGAGCUGGAAAGCCUUCAGAGAACGCCUUCGCCUUAAGCGCGCCGGCACCGGUGCCGGUUCUGCUUGGACCUCCUCCGUCCCGAUUCCAGCCUCCGAUAUUCCUAUCCAGAAUAGCAACUAUAGUUUUGGCAACAAUAUAAAUAAUCCCAGAUCCCGCAAUUCGAUGCGUUUCACAACAGUCUCCUCCCCUACCUCGGGCGAGUCAAGUCACACGGAGGACUCCAACGAUCAUUCUGCCGUUUCGAGUUCCGGACCGCAAAUGAGUCGCCGGGCAUCCUCCCGGUUCACUACACUUACACCGUCCGAUUCUACACGGUCUGAUGAAUCAUCUACGAACAUUCACGCGGUGGGAGGGCCUCCAUCACGAAGUUUCAGACCGCAAAUGUCGCGGCACAAUUCAAUUCGGCCCUCCGAGUCGUUCCUAGACAGUGAAGAAGAGCCGGUGCGUGAAGGUCGCCGCCGUCUAGGAGCGGCAUUGGCGGAGGAGAGAGCAUUGUCUGCGAGGGAGGCAGUAGCGGCGCAGGAAGCGGCAGAGGCGGAGGCAGCUGCUCGAGCAGCGGCUGAAGCUGCUGCUGCUGCUGCCGCGGCGGAGCAAGAGGAAGAGGAGGAAGCUAAUGGUCCGGCGGACCUAGGGGCUGCGGGGGCGCAGCCAGUGAGGAUGUCAUUAAUGGACUUGUUGGAGGAGACAGAUAGGCAGAUGGGAUUGGAGGGGUCCAGAUACACAAUGGAAGAUGAAGAUGAAUGCGAGGAAGAGGAAGAAGAAGAUGAUGAAGAUGGAGCGGCUGACGGGAUAGAGCACACAUGCUGCGUGUGCAUGAUAAGGCAUAAAGGUGCGGCAUUUAUCCCCUGCGGCCACACCUUUUGCAGGUUAUGUUCAAGAGAGCUUUGGGUCCAAAGAGGUAAUUGCCCUCUAUGCAAUGGGUUCAUCUUGGAAAUUCUUGAUAUUUUUUAGUUUUUUUUAUUAUUAUUUUUUCCCCUUGAAUUUCCAAUGUUAUUUACAAUCACAAGAAAUUUCAAAUUUGUGUGAACA